CCGCCGACAUGUCCAGGACUGUUAGUCAGCAGUCCGACAGCAGUGGGUUUGCUGAGGAGACGUCGGUUGACUCCAGCAUCUACCUCAAGAUUCAGGACAGUAGUGACAGCUGCGACAGCGAGACCACCGUCACUUCACAUCCUUCACAAGACUUAGCUACGCCCCAUGUAUUAGACCAACCUGCAUUUGAUUUGCCAGAUGCCCGAGAGGAAGAGGCGGGAACUGGUGAUACCAUCAAGCCUGAUGGAACCACUCACUUCAUCGAUGACGAAGAACAUGAAGGAAGAUCAGAGCAGGUUCCGCACUACCCAGUUCAUGAUCUCCCUAAGAGCAGACCUGCAGGAGAAGAGGGGCAAGUUGAAGGUGAAGAUGGGACUGAUCCAGACUCAGAAACAGAUCCUUUGCGGUACAUGUCUGAGCAAGAACCACAGCCAGAACUGGAACACACCCUGAAUGAACCUGUUUCAGGACAAGAACUAAAACAAACUCAGACAGCAGACACUGAAACUCCCACAGAGGGAGCUGAGAAGAAAACCCCGGAGGAAUCUUCACCCGUAGAUGAUUCUGCUUCACUUGAUCCUCCGGUUCCAUUGUCUCCAGUUCUCUGUGCAUUGAAUCGAGCCAAACAGAAUCAGUUCUGUCGGGUGCAUCAGCAUAACAGCAUCCAAUGCAACAAUAUGACGCAAAGUCCAGUAGGAGGAGGACGAGGAAGAAGCAGAGGUCUUCCUUUAGAGAGGUCAUCCUCCCUGCCCUCCACAGUUGUGUCCUCUGUCAAGAUCCAGUUUAGAAAAGGACAAGCAUCCUGCACCCAACCCAAGUACUCCUUUAAGUACACUCAGGAAGCCGGAGAAAAAAGGAAAGUAGAGGAGGGGCUGGAGGAGAAAGAGCAAGGCAACUGUCUGUCUACUCUGAUCAUAAACCCAGGCUCUAAAAAUAAAAGCCCAGCUGCCAUCCCUCCCCACCUACAGCAAUCAUCUUGUUCUCCGCAUAGUGCCAGCCCUCCUGAUCAUUUCUCGGGCAGCCAUGCCCACUCCUGGAGCACACAGAGCGUUCCUGAUCUUUCGUCUAAUCAUUAUCAAUAUCUUCACCCUGGCCCCUUCCAGCUGAGCCUGAGUGCCAACCAAAGCCAGCCAUAUUUGAGCCCUGGGCAAAUGAUGUUCCCCACUCACAGCCCUUCAGUAGUGUUCUCAGAUCCCAGCCCAUAUCCCAGUCCUGUUCCCAACUCCAUUCCUUUACCUCUUUCUCUGUACCCUAAUGUUAGUCCUCCUUUCUGUCACAACCCUUCCAUAAAUCCCUACUCCAGUAUAACCAGCCUCCACCAACAUCUCACUCCCCCAGUACCCCCACACAGCAGCCUCACCAACCUACAUCAGACCCUAGAUUCAACAGACCCAAACUGCUUUGGUUUAGGCCACUUACAUCCUGGAACCCCCCCGAUGCAUCACACAGGCUACAGUUAUCCACAUGAUCAUCAGUGCCUUUACCCCCCAACUCCACAUGGCUCCCAGUUUGCUUUGCCUUACCAUGGUACUCUGAGGUACAGCAUGAACCCACACCUUCACCAUCUGAGGUUCAGUCCUCCAGCUGAUCUGGGUUCAGGACCUAGACGUUGCCUAUCCAGCACAGAAUUGCAGCUGAGAAGGGUUCUGCAUGAGAUCAGGGGAACAGUUCAAUGUUUGGGUCAGAGUCGAGUCAGUACUCCAGAUAGGUUUGGUGAAUUCAGAGCAGCUUCAACCAGUCAACAGUCUUUAGCAGAGUUUCAGGAGAAGAGGCGAAGCCUAAACGUCUUCCGCAGUCAGAUGAUGGACCUUGAGCUGUCAAUCAUGCAACAGCAGGCUAUCGUUUACAAACACCUGAGUCCUGCUGACAGGAUUGAGGCAGAGCAGCUUCAGUUUCUGAGGUCAGCAGUCAGGGAGGAACUCCAGGAGCUGGAACAACAGCUAGAAGACCGACUUAUGAGUUUGACUCCUCACAAACCUCUUCACAGCGACAUCAGUGUUGACAACCUGUCUACCAUAUCUGCACUGAGAGCAAUGGAGCCGGUGUCAGACCUCCUCAGAGAGCAGUUCUUCCUCCAAUCUGAGCUUAGUUACAAUGGCCACAGCCCCAUCACCAACCCAUCCAGCCACUCCUCCAGUCUGGUCGGAGGAGACCAAGGUGAUGGAAAGCAGACGCAAGGAGUGUAUCGGUCAUCAGUCAACAUAACACCCACCGCUCCUUCUCGACCCAGCACACACACUGAGGAGGAAGAGGAGGAGGAGGAGGGACAGAGAGGAAGUAAAGGAGUGGAAGAUGAGAAAGCUGCAUCAGAGAAGGAAGGAGCAGCAGGAGGAAUCAACUUCAAACAGCUCAUUAAAGAGAUUCGAGAGAACGUAGCACAAGAGGUUCGACGGGAGAUCUACAACGAGCUACUGGCUGCUGCAUCACAUAAUUCACCUUUUUCUACCAGGGAGCACCCUCUGUAACCAUGACAACAACAAGGCACCACCCCCUUCACCUCCAUCCUUUGGAACCAUAGCCUGAACAAA